GUGAGUGUAGGCUGGACGUAUCGGCCGAUCAUUUCCGGCGCGUAGUAGAUAACGUCUACAUCGAUCACGUAGACGACCGCGACUUGACCGAAGCCGCCAACUACCUGGCGUUGAGUGAUAUAGAUGACCACAAAGGAGAUGUGAAGACCUUUCACUGCGUGUUUGAGAAAAAGAAAUCGGACGAGGCUGACAAUUCCUUGAGAGACAACGGUUUCGGGCGCGGGCCACAAAUUGUAUGUGUUGUUUGGUGUUCGAAUUCUUGUGGAGAGGGUUUAUGGAAUAAAUCGUGCUAA